AUGCAGUAUGCCAGCUGCUUUUAUGGGUCAGCUGCCUACUCCAACCUCCUCAAGCUUGACCCCAUUCAGAACGCUGCUUUGAGGAUCUCUAUGGGGGCCAUGAGAUCCUCCCCAACGGAUGACCUUGUGCCAACAAUACUACAGGAUACUGGGCCUGCCUGCUUCCCAUCCCUCUCUACCCUCCACUCCAACUCAGGGGUGGAUCAGCAAGCUCCUGUAUGGCUCCCCGCUGCCCGUCAGCCACUAAUAGUGCGUGCCCUGCUCAGCCUAACCAUUCUCCACUUACCACCACCACCUCCACAGCCUGUCAACCCCUACUCACCUUUUCCUUCAUGGCUGGACGUCUCCCAUAAUUUUGCUCUCCACGUUCCUGGGCUUCCUCCCAAACCAUCUGUGAGUGGAUUAGCAGCAGCCCACUUCCAACAGCUGGACCGGUCCAUUUAUCACCACCACCUCAAGAUCUACACGGACGGCUCCAGAGAUGCCUCCCUGCCCUCCUCGGCAGCAGCUAUAUAUGACGCCAGUACAGCUAUCUGUAAGACAUGGAGGCUUCCUGAGUACACAGAUGUCCUUACCACGGAGCUCUUUGCCCUUCUCCAGGCCCUCAUCUACCUCCGCACCUCUCACCCGAAGUCCAUGGUGGUAAUUUACACCGACUCCCGCUCAUCUCUCUCUCUCCUCUUGUCCCGGCAGCCAUCCUCCGUCACAAUCCUCGUCCACUCCAUCCAGAGCACCUUCCUCCAUCUCCUGAAUACUGGCUGGGAUAUCACCUUCCAGUGGGUGCCUUCCCACAGCGGCAUCCGGGGGAAUGAGGUGGUGGAUGCUGCUGCCAAGAUGGCCUUAACCCAUGUAAACAUUACUCCCCUACCCCUCCAGCUUCAUUCUGCCAAACGGCUCAUAUCUCGCCUCUGCCACUCAUCCUGGGACUCUUCACUCAACAACGCACUCUAAGUCACCUCUAUGUGCCUCUACCGUAGCUACUCAUCUCCACAGCCUUGGGUCAGGAAACAGUCCCGCAUCCUAGAUGUAGCACUCACCCGCCUCCGUCUGGGCCACACAGCACCUGCGUCUUCCUGAAGAAGUGUGGACAACUACCCCGCCAGUGAUCACCUCACAGGCCACCACCAAUGGGUCGGGCUCAUAGGAUCUGUGAGACCGUCGAAGCCCGAAAACAACAACAACAACCAAUAAGUAAAUCAGCGCUCAGAGGAGGGAUAAUGCUGCACCAGGUCAUUGCUGAGCGACCACUUCGCCCUGGAGACGACCCUCCCAAUGCAGUUCGCCCCGGCAGUGCCCAGGAAGCGCUUGACGGUGCCACCAUCCAGGAUGACGGACCUCGUCGUCCAUGUGGUGGCAUGGUACGCUG